GAAAGUCUAUUUUAAACUGAUCAGAAACUUGACAGAAUGUCAAAAUGUUAUCUAUGUCGUUGUUAAUAAAAAGACAAGGCUGUAUGGCUUAGUUCCUUUGUCUGCUCUCUCGAGCGAAUAAUAAAAACAACAACGUUAUCUAUGUCACUGUCAAUUCAAACUUCAAAACAAAGUUGAAGAGGGAUUUUUGAUUGUAUCCUGAGAUUUUACUUAAUGUUGUAGAUUAUUGUAUUAUUGCUAAACAUAUUACUUAUAUAAACUUUUUACUGUGGUUAUAUUUUAUCACAUAAUUUAUUAGUAGUAGAUGGUGCCAAAUACUUCGGAAAGUAAUGACAUAUCCACCGUGAAGUUAUGAAGAUCUAUUGGCGAUGUUGUUUAUUGUUAAUAACAACUGUAUCAACAUGUGAAACUAAAUACGGAUACGUAACUUGGCAGGAGAACAAAUUAACGUUCAAAGAAUGCGAGUCUGCAUCACAAAUACCUAUUUCAUAUGGAGCUCGUGCGACUUUUAAAAACGAAAUAAACUCAACUGGAUGGGCGUUCUUAGAGUUACACACAUCAAAAGAUGUAACAGAUGAACAACAGGCAUAUGCCGCAGGCUUUAUUGAAGGCUACCUCACCAGAGAUCUCAUUUGGAUGCAUUGGCAGAACAUGCUUAAAGGGUAUUGCUACAACAAAACUGAUUUGUGCGGACUUAUUGAAGAAUUUAUUGAAAAAAAUGAGAAUUACAUCGCAUCUAUGGUUGAUUUGAAUGAAAUAGAUGCAUACUGGUAUCAAGUAAAAUUAUAUUACAUUCAGUUGGAAGGAUUAGCGGUUGGGUACAAUCAAGCUACGUCAGAUCCCUACCAAUGGCUAACUGCACGGGAUAUGGUUUGGAUCAACAUGUUGGGAGAUCUUGAUGAUCUGGCGUUCUCUCUUGCGUUACCAAAGGACCUUCCAGAUGGAUUGCUAUUCGGAGAUCACUGCACUGGACUAAUAAAGCUUUUACCAGACUUCAGAAAUCUAUAUACGUCACAUGCAACUUGGAACAGUUACCAGUCCAUGCUACGGCUGCAGAAAAUGUAUGUACUACAUUACAAAGUCAGUCCGCUGGAUAAGAAACGCAUCCCCGGGUACAAGAUGGCCUUCACCUCCUACCCUGCGUUCGUGCAGUACAUGAGUGCAUUGCGGCAGUCCACAGACGACUUCUACAUUAUAUCGACGGGCCUGGUCGCCGGGGAGACCACCAUCAGCAACAGCAACAAGACUCUCUUUGAUCUCAUCAACCCACUAUGUGUAAUGGAGUACAUUCGUGGCAUGAUUGCCAAUCGUCUGGCUGUCGACGGCUACCAGUGGACAAGGAUCUUCCGCCAGCACAACAGCGGCACUUAUAACAACCAAUGGUAUAUUGUAGACUAUAAUAAGUUUACACCGAGCUCUAAAGUGUGUAAGGGUAAAGCUGAGAAGGGUCUGCUCUGGGUGAUAGAACAGCUGCCGGGGUACACGGAGGCUGCUGACUUAACGGAACAAUUGGUGAACACGACUUAUUUCCCGUCUUACAACAUACCGUACUUCCCCACUAUAUUCAAUCUGAGCGGCGGCAAUGUGAGAGUCGCUACAUUCGGUGAUUGGUUCGGAUACAAGACAAAUCCACGAGCUAAUAUUUUAAAGGAAAAACAGGCUGGUAUAACAAACUUAAAGGACAUGUUCAAUACGAUGCGUUACAACGACUUCAAGCAUGAUCCGUUGUCACGUUGCGCAUGCGUGCCUCCGUACAGCGCGUGCAACGCCAUCGCAGCGCGCAACGAUCUUAACCCCGCCAACGGUACGUUUCCGUUCCGAGCGUUGGGCCACCGAAGCCAUGGCGCCACUGAUGCCAAAGUGACAAGUUGGCAUCUUCGCAAGAAUUACGAGUUUGUUGCUGUCUCAGGACCAACGUUUAACAUCUCGCGAGGAAUACCGCCAUUUGCGUGGAGUGAAUUUGACAUGGGUCCCCACUUGCCGCAUAUAGGUCAUCCUGACGUGUGGGCCUUCCAGCCUAUCAUACACCAUUGGGAGUGGACGUAGCCCAAACACUAUCGCUAAUUAUAAGCCAAAGGGUUUAGAAAUUUAUAAGACUGACUUAUAUUACAUAUUUUACAAUAAAUCUUAAUUUUAAUGAAGUUAAAUGUGUUCAGUAAAGUACAAAUAUAUUAGUGCAUAUAUGAAAGCUAUGACAUAAUUUGCACGUAAAUUCGUAAAAUAGUAUUCGUAUAGACGUACAAAUUUUUGUGACAUGAGAUAGCGCCAUCUAGCGGACGGAAAUUAAACGCCAAAUUUCAUAAUUUUUUUUUAAAUUAUGUUCUCUUAAUCUGUGCUAAGCGCAAAGUUCUUAAAAUAUCCAUUAAUUAUGUAACUUAUAACUGGGAAAAUAA